GUAAAUUCCAAUACACAAUAAAAUUAAAUUUGUGUGUUGCGAAAAAAAAAACAGAAAUAGGAGAUAGUCUUGUGCUAAAUAUACAUACGAAAGUAGUUCUUCAGUUGUGUUGUAACCCGCAUAUUAUCAAGUCUAUGUCAUUAUCAGCUGAUGGUUCAUAACAAAAGAUUAUUUUAAAUUAGAAUUUUCGUUUUGUCAACGUAGUUUAGUUUAGUUUUGGGAAUAUUGACAGAAAGUCAUGAAAAUUUAUGCUUCAAAUGAGUUGGGUGAAAAUGAUCUCAAAAAACUUACGGUACUUGAGUCUAACAACCGUGAUCCAACACAAGCUCCUGUUGGUGAUGAUGAUUUUGAAUUGUGGGACUAUUCACAAAUGUUGAAGAAUCAGCAGCGAUAUAAGUGGAAUAGCAAUGGUGUCGUCUGUAAACCUUCCUGUAUACCAAUCUUCUUCAUUUUAACUCUCAUCGUUCUUGUCGUAAUUCUUCCACUUCUCGACUCGCACAAUGACAAGCUUGUUGGACGAAAUGGUACACUUGUUGGAUGGAAUUGCCAAGACUCGUGCAGCAUUCAACUUGUGGAGUCGAUUCCCGAAGGACUUGUUUAUGAUCCAUACAGUCCAUCAUUUAUGUCAACAUUUGAUGCAUGGAAUAUUUUAAUUAAUGAGACAACCGAGAGUCUUAACAUUGGUUCCUUUUAUUGGACAUUGAAAAGCGAUGAAGUUUAUAAUCAUUCAUCGUCAAUUUAUGGUGAUAAAAUAUUCCAUUCACUCCUGCAUGCGGGUACGGAGCGCAAAAUUGAUAUUCGCAUUGCGCAAAAUAUGCCAUCGCAAGUUAGUCCAAAUAUAGACACGGAAAUAUUGCAAAGACGAAAGGCUGCAAAAGUGCGAUCAGUAAAUUUCUCAAAGUUGCUAGGUGGCGGAGUCUUGCACACGAAGCUUUGGAUUAGUGAUGAAAAGCAUUUUUAUAUCGGAAGUGCCAAUAUGGACUGGAGAUCGCUCUCUCAAGUCAAGGAGCUUGGUGUGCUUGUUACGAAUUGCUCAUGUCUUGCAAAAGACGUUACGAAAAUUUUCAAUAUUUACUGGGAAUUGGGAAGGAAUGACUCUACGAUUCCACCAAGAUGGCCUGAUAGACUUAAUACUCCAAUUAAUAUUGAUAAGCCUAUGCUUGUCAACUACAACGACAAUUAUUUAUUUAGUACCUUCUUCUCUGGUUCACCACCUCCACUAAAUGCUCGUGGUAGAACGAAUGACCUGGAUGCAAUUGUUACCACAAUCCAAAAUGCAGAACGCUUCAUCCACAUCUCUGUUAUGGACUAUUUUCCAUUACAACUUUAUUCGGCUAAAAUUACCUACUGGCAUGACAUUGACACAGCGUUGAGAACUGCAGCGAUUAACAAUCGAGUGUCAAUCAAGCUGUUGAUAUCUUACUGGAAUCAUUCGAGACCUUCUGAAGACUAUUUCCUAAAAUCAUUGACUAUGCUUAGUGAAUCUUAUAAAGGAGUUGAUAUUCAAGUGAAACGCUUCAUCGUUCCAGCAACAGAAGAGCAAGCGAAAAUUCCAUUCGGUAGGGUGAAUCACAACAAGUAUAUGGUCACAGAUCAAGUUGCUUAUAUCGGUACAAGCAAUUGGUCUGGAGAUUAUUUUACAAACACAGCUGGAAUCGGAUUUAUUGCACAAGAUACAGUUCAUGAUAGAAACGACAAUGUGACAACCAUUCGAAGCCAAUUGGAAUCAAUUUUUGAGAGAGACUGGAACAGCAAAUAUGCAGUGUAUCAAGAUAAGCUUGAGAGUUAAACUAACUCUGCUCGAUUCUAACUUUCAAGCAAUUGUAUUGUGAAGCAAUAAUUGCCAUUUUAUGAUUCUAAUUAAUUCUUCUCUUAUAUUAAGCACAAAAAUCUAAUUGGAAUUUUAUGAUCUUCUUUUUUACGAAAAUUUUAAUGUAAAUCCAUAAAUGUAGCUCGAAUUGAUUCAUUUGCUAAGUAAACUUGUAUUUAAGAUCCAAUAAAAUUACAAAUACCAAAU